GGAAAGCAUUGGUAGACUUUACUCGCACAUCCCCACUGGAAUACAUACAAAUAUCUCACUCACUGUCGUCUUAACCAGAGUCACCAGACCAAUACCUCUCUUCUUUCUGCUUUUCGUUUUAGAGACAUAAAGAGAGAAAGAAAGAGAGAGAAACAAUGGCGGAAUCGAAGACCGUACACUCGCCGAUCGUGACUUACGUUUCCAUGCUUUCCCUUCUCACUCUCUGCCCUCCCUUCGUCAUUCUACUAUGGUAUACGAUGGUUCAUGCCGAUGGCUCUAUUUUACAAACUUUCGAUUACUUAAAGCAGCACGGGUUGCAAGGAUUUAUCAACAUAUGGCCCAGGCCUACUGCGAUUGCUUGGAAGCUAAUUGCUUGUUACGCUGCUUUUGAGGCUGCACUUAUGCUUCUUCUCCCUGGAAAGAGGGUUGAGGGCCCAAUAUCUCCCGCUGGGAAUCGACCUGUUUAUAAGGCUAACGGAAUGGCAGCAUAUUUUGUGACGUUGGCUACUUAUCUUGGCCUUUGGUGGUUUGGCAUAUUCAAUCCUUCAAUUGUGUAUGAUCAUUUGGGAGAAAUAUUUUCAUCGCUUAUUUUUGGAAGCUUGGUUUUUUGUGUUUUCUUGUACAUAAAAGGUCAUGUGGCACCAUCUUCCACAGAUUCCGGCUCUUCUGGGAACAUCAUAAUUGAUUUUUAUUGGGGCAUGGAACUCUAUCCUCGCAUUGGUAAAAACUUUGACAUUAAAGUUUUUACAAAUUGCAGAUUUGGAAUGAUGUCUUGGGCAGUUCUAGCUGUAACUUAUUGUAUAAAGCAGUAUGAAGCAAAUGGGAGAGUAGCUGAUUCAAUGCUUGUUAACACUAUAUUGAUGCUGGUGUAUGUUACAAAAUUUUUUUGGUGGGAAGCUGGAUACUGGAACACAAUGGACAUUGCACAUGAUCGAGCUGGUUUUUAUAUUUGUUGGGGAUGCCUUGUCUGGGUUCCUUCUGUGUAUACCUCUCCUGGCAUGUACCUGGUCAAUCAUCCCGUAAACCUUGGAACUCAGUUGGCACUUUACAUCCUAAUAGCAGGCAUCCUUUGCAUAUACAUCAACUAUGACUGUGAUAGGCAAAGGCAAGAAUUUCGCCGAACAAAUGGCAAAGCCUUGGUCUGGGGAAAAGCUCCAUCAAAGAUAGUGGCCUCUUACACAACCACAUCUGGAGAAACAAAAAAUAGCAUUCUUUUAACCUCUGGAUGGUGGGGAUUAUCUCGGCAUUUUCACUAUGUACCAGAAAUAUUAGCUGCCUUUUUCUGGACUGUUCCAGCUCUUUUCAACCACUUUUUACCCUACUUUUACGUGGUGUUUCUUAUCAUCCUUCUCUUCGACCGCGCCAAAAGGGAUGAUGACCGAUGCCGAUCCAAGUAUGGAAAAUACUGGAAACUGUACUGCGAGAAGGUUCCCUACAGAAUCAUCCCUGGACUUUACUAGGAAAAUAAUAUCGCAUCUGCAACGGAUUCUCUUCUCGCUCCAUCUUGAAUUUGGUCAAAUUUUUGUACCUUAUGAUGUGACCCGAAAGUAUAUUGUUCUUUUCUAAAUGAUGUAUGGCAGCUUUUUUCUUGUUGUUCUCGUUUUUGGUCAGAUUAGUUUGACAUACUUCUAUUUAAGAUGAGAUUGCCAAAGAAAAG